AGCGCCUGGGAGAGAAGGGAGAAGAGACCAAGCAGCCAGUCUUGUGGGAAAUUCUGAAGAUGGCCAAAGAUGAUUCCACUGUUCGUUGCUUCCAGGGCCUGCUGAUUUUUGGACACGUGAUUGUUGGUAUGUGUGGCAUCGCCCUGACGGCGGAGUGUAUCUUCUUUGUAUCCGACCAGCACAGUCUCUACCCGCUGCUUGAAGCCACCAACAAUGACGACAUCUUUGGGGCAGCUUGGAUAGGCAUGUUUGUGGGCAUCUGCCUCUUCUGCUUGUCUGUUCUAGCCAUAGUAGGGAUUAUGAAGUCAAACAGGAAGAUCCUCUUGGCGGUCUUCAUCCUGAUGUUCAUAGUGUACGGUUUUGAAGUGGCGUCCUGCAUCACGGCGGCGACACAACGGGACUUCUUCACAACCAACCUCUUCCUGAAGCAGAUGCUGGUGAGGUAUCAAAACAACAGCCCGCCGACCAAUGACGAUGAGUGGAAGAACAACGGCGUGACCAGGACCUGGGAUCGCCUCAUGCUGCAGGAACACUGCUGUGGUGUAAAUGGCCCGUCAGACUGGCAGAAGUACACCUCGGCCUUCCGGGUGGAGAAUAGCGACGCCGACUUCCCCUGGCCCCGGCAGUGCUGCGUCAUGAGCAAGCUUCAGGAGCCUCUCAACCUGGACGCUUGCAAACUCGGGGUGCCGGGCUACUACCAUAACCAGGGCUGCUAUGAGCUGAUUUCUGGACCAAUGGAUAGGCAUGCCUGGGGAGUUGCCUGGUUUGGCUUUGCCAUCCUCUGCUGGACUUUUUGGGUUCUCCUGGGUACCAUGUUCUACUGGAGCAGAAUUGAAUACUGAGCACACAAGUAUCUCCGCCGUGACCUCCUUCCUCGGGUGACUCUGAAUGUGGUGCUGGAACCUGCUGCUCCGUCACAUGCCCUCUGUGUGCUCCUCGGCGCCGUGUGCCCUCAUCUCACCCAAACGGCAGUUCAGGUGGAGCGAGCUUCUCUUAGGCUCUUGGGCUGCUGCAAUCCUCAGCAGAAACAUUUCUUAUCCUUGCCUAAAAUUAUGCAUUCUAAGACAGAAAGUAUACUAUAUAUGUACUAUGUAGACUUAUAUGGACUCUAUAUGGUAUAGUACUUACUUGUGCUAUAAAGUAUAAAGAUAAGACAGAACAUUUGGAGAGUGGGGAUGAAUCUCAUUCCUGUUAAUGUUUAA